AUGAAAUAUUCGAAACAACAGUCAACUCGCACAGUUGUAGGCUUGAUUGUCCUUGUACUGAUGUUGUGUUCUUGCUGCUGGUUGGUUGUUGCCAAUUCUACUACACAACAACAACAACAACUAGAAAAUUCCAUAACCAAACACGAUUUGAAACUCUUGAAAAUCUUGGCCAAGUUGUCAAGAGGAAAAUUAAUGAAGGAAUUGGGUGAAAAGUUUACUCACGACAAUACUAUUCUUGCUGAUUAUAAUUUUGUCAAUGGAAUGAAAGAUAUUCUUCCACAUAUGAAAGUAAUCAUCAAGACUGUUGUUGUUGGAAGUAACAUGACAGAACCAAUGGUUGUUAAGGAACAAAGAAAGGAAUUUAAUGGUGAAAUGAAAAAGUAUUUGCCAGAGAUUUUUGGUAAAUUCAAGAAUGUUUUUGGAAACUUUGUAAAGGAUUUGAGUUCUGACAUUAAUUUUACAAUGCCAGAAAAAUCAUUGUGGAAACAAUUUUUGAAAAUUUCCAGAAGAGCUCACAAGCAAUUUGUUAAAGGAAAGUGGAAUCAUUCUGUAAAAGAAGUCAAUAAUAAGGAUGCUCUCUACUGGAGACAAGUUAAGGAUAUGAUGAAGCAAUUCAAAACAUCAAACGAAACUAAUGUUCCAAAGAAAUCAUCUUCUCAACAAGAAUUUAAAACAGUCGAUGAAAAACAAUACUGGAAAGAUGUUUUGAAAAUGAUCAAGGAAUUAAAGAAAGAUUCCAAGCAACCUGUUGAUGCCAAGAAGGAAGAAGACAGAAAGUAUUGGAGACAAGUUAAGGGCAUGAUGAAGGAAUUCAGAAAACCACAAGAUAACAAAAAGGAAGAAGACAAAAAGUACUGGAGACAAGUAUCUUCUCUUAUCAAAUCAUUUGGUAAAGAUCGUAUGAAGAAACCUUAUGGUUUAGUUGAUGAAAAGAAAGAAUCUGAUCGUACAUAUUGGAUCAACGUAAAGAGGAUGAUUAAAGAAAACUUUGAAUCUCCAAAGAAAGAAACCUCUCCAAAAGAUGUUGCUUACUGGCGUGAUGUUCACAAGAUGAUCAAGGACGUCUCCAUCAAGAAGAAAUUGGAUCAAGAUCGUGAGUUUAUUUCCAAGCCAUUGGAAAGAAAAUUGAGAAAGUGGUCACCAUCUCACAGAGUUCUCAACAAAAAGCUCAGAAAAGAAAUGAAACCAGCUCUCAAGAUGAUCACUUUAAUCUCCUUCCAAUCAUCUGGUAAUUCCACAAAGGAAAUUUCAAAGAAUUUGAAGCAAGUAUUGUACAAUGUAGUUCCAUACCUCAAGGAACAUGCCAAGAAGGGUGGAAAAUUGAACAUUUUACAAGUAACACCCCUCAUCAAGGAAGGUGUUAAGGAUAUGAUAAUCAGAGAUACCAAAUUAAUGGGAAGCACCUUUAGAAAGAAUAUGUGGAAUUUAAUAACAAAGCUCAACAAACACAUCUUUGAGAAUCCAACCUCUUUCAAAAUGGAGGGAUUAAAGUUGCCAUUCAGCAUGUUGAAGAAGAUGAAUAAGACAAUCAAAUCUAUUAGAAAGAUUGACGAUUUUGAUAUGCUUGCUGAUUCUCUUUAGAUAAUAAUACAUU